AUGGAUAGAGCUAAAGGAGUGCCAACCUUUGUUUCACACAUUGGUGACCAUGCUGCCCUUUAUGAUCAUAGCUUUCCACCGAUUUACAGCUUCUUUCUGUUUUACCCUUUACAAGGCUUGGAACCGGAGUUGGAGAAAGCCAUGUUGUCACUUUCUGUAAAGACUCAUUUGAGACAUUCGGGUGGGGAAAUGGAAUUGCCAUUGAUUUCUCUUGGGAUCUGCACAAAGCAAACGUUGGCCAUAUCCAACAUGUGUGAUCUUAAAAUGGUACUGUUGCAUGUAAAGUCAAGCAUUAUGUGUUUUAAAAUUGAUAAACUUUGUGCUAAAGAAAGUCAUUCCUACCACCAUGAAAGGUACAAAUACUUUUGUAACCACAAGUAA